AUGGCUCUAGUUAGCAGUCAGGAUCAGUUUGAUAAACAAAAGCCGCCUGCUGAUGUAAACGCGGACGAGCCAAUUGUUUCGUCUAGAUUGUCAAUGCUACAAACAUCAAUAGCUGGUGCGGUUGCCGGCAUGGCUUCCAGAUUUACAGUAGCCCCACUUGAUGUCAUAAAGAUUAGACUACAGCUGCAAGCAGUCCGAAAUGGACCGAAGUAUCGUGGCAUGUUUCAUGGACUGAAAUUAAUUGUUAAAGAAGAAGGGAUACUAGCGUUAUGGAAAGGCAAUCUCUCGGCCGAAUGUCUCUACCUUUCAUAUGGUGCAGUCCAAUUUUUGAGCUAUCGACAAGUAGAUGCAUUACUCAAACGAAUGAACGCAUCUGUGCCAAUAUCGAACAUGUUAAUACCUUUUAUUAGUGGUGCCUUGUGUGGAUGUAUUGCCACCGUCACGACAUAUCCAUUCGACUUGCUCCGAACCAGAUUUGCUGCCCAGGGGAAUAAGAAGAUCUAUAACAGUCUAUCACAGGCAAUAAGGCAAAUUUAUCGACACGAAGGCAUCAGGGGAUUUUUCCAAGGAGUAAAGCCAGCAGCGAUUCAAAUCAUGCCAUACAUGGGUAUCAAUUUCGGAUGUUAUGACAUAAUCAAGAGAGAGUUACAGACAUCCAAUCAACCAAACGCAAUGGGAUCUAUGAUAGAUCUAACUAGUGGUGCUCUAUCAGGAGUAUUCUCCAAGACGGCUGUGUUUCCACUCGACGUUGUACGGAAGCGAAUGCAGAUACAAGGGCCUAAUAGGACGUAUUACGUCGUCUAUAAUGUUCCCGUAUAUUCAACGUCCGUUCUGACGUGCAUGAAGGAAAUAAUACGUAGAGAAGGUCUGUUAGGACUGUAUAAAGGACUAACACCUGCUGUUGUUAAGGCCGCUUGCGCCAGUUCUGUUACUUUCUUCAUGUAUGGACAAACCAGGUAUUUACUUGAACGAAUGAAAUGA